GUAUCCAAAUCAAAAAUUUGGUGUUUUGGCUAAUAUUAGUUCUUCUAAGAUUCCUUCAAAGUUUGAAUAUCAACAAGUUAGAUAUAUGAUAGAUUUUUUGUAUUGUGUAAAGUGUGAGAUUUUAUUAAACAAAUUUGAAAAAUUAAGAAAGAAAUACAAAGAAUAA